AUGACCAAAGGCCUGCAGGCCCUGGAAGACCCAGGGUCACUGGAUGCCGUUUUCUACGGAUUCCCAGGAGGACGACGACAGAGCUUGCAGAGCUUCCUUUUCAGCGAUCGGCUCGAAACCCCAGGGUCAUGCAGGGUUAGGGGCCCAGUCCCUGGGAGCAGGGGUCUCCGGAAAAUCCGGGCAUCUUUCGAGUUUGUGGAUGGCUUCGGCGAGGCUGAAGACAGCACCUUCCCCUUGAGCUCCUCGGAGCCACCAGAGGCCGUGGCGCGCACGGCGUCUCUGGCGGCCAGAUGGAUCACCCGCUUGGGUGGUCAGUCAAAGGCGUUAUCCCGCUGGACGGAUGCUGUUGGGGUCGAUGCGGAUGGCCAGGAUGCAACAUCUGCGGCGUCCCUUCUUCAAAGGACUUUGCACACUGGCUUGGGCCAAGGCGCACCGAAGCUUGAUGAAGCUUUCCUGCUAAGCUGUGCGCAUGAGCACAGUUCCAAGCGGCCCCACGAACAUGAUGAGUACGACCCGUCCAAAAUGGCUGGAGAGGACAAGGGCACAGGCGAAGAGGAAGGUGAGUCACAUGACAGUGCUGCAGACGGGGAGCACUACGACCCCGCGGCGGCACGUCUUAAAAAGGAGGGUGAGCAUGACGAGCAUUACGACCCUGCAGCGGCACAUGUCGGAGCAGAGGGUGAACAUGACGAGCACUACGACCCCGCGGCGGCACAUGUCGGAAAGGAGGGUGAGCAUGACGAGCACUACGACCCCGCGGCAGCACAUGUCGGAAAGGAGGGUGAACAUGACGAGCACUACGACCCCGCAGCGGCACAUGUCGGAAAGGAGGGGGAGCAUGGGAAAGAGGGCGAGCACUACGAUCCUGCUGCCCACCUCGGGAAGGAAGGCGAGCACGAGGAGAAAGAGGGCGAGCAUGAGGGACACCAUGAAGGCAAGGAGGGUGAGCAUGAAGGCAAGGAAGCCGAGAAAAGCGACACGGAGAAGAAGGACGAUGCCUUGAAAGAUGUUGUGGUUGAUCCAGACACAGGGCACAUUCUCGACGGCAAGUCCGGGCAGGAGAUCGACGCUUCUUCGGGGGAGAUUGUGGACGAUGGCAGCUACAUCGACGACAACACAGGCUUGGCAGUCGAUCCUUACAAAGGUAAAAUGUACGAUCCGGUGACAGGGCAAGGAAACGAUUGA